AUGAAAUCCUCCAGACUACGUCCGAUUGUAGGACAUGUCAAAUCUCGCUCAACGAGACAAGCAGCGUGGUUACAAUUGAUCGUUGCUACCAGGUCACUUACGUCUGGAAACUACAGAACACCAAAAGCAUUCAAUGAACCAAACAUCCAUUUCGAGCCCGGCUCACCGGAGCGGAAAGAACUAACAGCAGCCCUAUCAGUACUCAAAGCCCAACUUCCAUUAAAAGUUCCAGCUACCGGUGGCCGAAAUGCAAAAAAAAUCACUUCAAGCCAAAAGCUCACGACACUUGGACAUCCGUCCGACCACAAGACACCUUUCCAACAAUAUGCUUCGGCAUCCAAAUCAGAUGUUGAGAACAGCAUCACCACAGCUCUCGCAGCGAGAAAAGUGUGGCAGGAAAUGCCCUUCACCGACCGAGCUUCGAUAUUCCUACGAGCAGCCGAGCUUAUUUCUGGCAAAUAUCGAUUCCAACUUCUAGCCGCUACAAUACUAGGUCAGGGAAAGAAUGCAUGGCAAGCUGAAAUCGACGCCGCAGCCGAACUGGCAGAUUUCUUCCGCUACAAUGUCUCUUUCGCCCAGGAAAUCUACGAUAAGCAACCGACGGUCAAUUCCCAGGGCCAUCAUGGUCGUACCGAUUGGAGACCUUUGGAGGGCUUUGUCUAUGCCGUUUCCCCAUUCAACUUCACAGCCAUUGGCGGGAAUUUAAUUUCCGCACCUGCGAUUAUGGGGAAUGUAGUUGUUUGGAAACCGGCUCCUAUGACUGCAUAUGUCAGCCAUUUAAUCCACCAGAUUCUUCUCGAAGCUGGUCUGCCGGAAGGUGUCGUGCAGCUCGUCAAUGGUGACGCUGAAAUGAUCUCCAAUGUAGUUUACGACCAUCCGGAAUUCUCGGCUCUCACUUUCAUCGGAUCCUCCGACGUCUUCAGGUCUCUUUACGCCAAAGCCGCAGACGGGGUCGGCAAGAAGAAAUAUCGAGACUUCCCACGCAUGGUGGGCGAGACUUCUGGGAAGAACUUCCACUUGAUUCACCCUUCAGCAGAUAUUGUUGAGGCGGCGAAACAUACCGUUCGCGCUUCAUUCGAGUAUGCUGGGCAGAAAUGCUCUGCGUGCUCCCGAAUCUAUGUUCCUGAAAGCCAAGCACCCCUCUUUUUCGACCAGAUGAAGAAGGAAUUGGCUCGAACGAAAGUGGGAGCUCCAGAAGAUUGGAAAUCUUUCACAGGACCGGUCAUUGAUGAGAAAGCUUUCCAACGCGUUACCUCCGCCAUCGACGAAGCGAACAAAGAUGACCGUUUGGAGACCAUCAUCGGUGGCACGUAUGAUGGUAGCGUGGGAUACUACAUCAACCCAACAAUCUACGCCACCAAAUCCCCAAACCACCCCCUCUUCUCCAACGAACUUUUCGGACCCGUCCUAGCCGCACACAUCUACCCAGACGCCGAAUUCGAUUCCGUGCUUGAUAUCAUUGACAAACAAGGCGGGGGAUUUGCUUUGACCGGCAAUAUUUUCUCCAAUGAUCAAUUGGCCAUUCGAAAGGCUGAGAAUAAACUCCGAUACUCGGCUGGGAAUUUCUAUAUCAAUUGUAAAAUUACGGCGGCGGUUAUUGGGCAGCAGUCGUUUGGUGGGUCGAGGUCUAGUGGGACUUGUGAUAAAGCGGGCAGUUCGAAUCUUUUGAUGCGGUUUACUUGUCCGAGGACUUUGAAGGAGGAGUAUAAUAAACUUGAUGAGGUGCUUUAUCCUAGUAAUAUGUGA